ACCCUCGGCCUCCACGAGCCCCCCGGGGCUUUUCCGAGUUCACUUCGGAGCCGUCGCUCUCGCCCGUUUCGUUUCCUCCUUCGGAGGUUUCGCUUUUCUCUCAAAACCCGAAGGGGAAAUUCCCUCCCCCGAAUUUGCUGGCGCUCGACUUUCAGGCGGCCGCCACUCUCAGCUCGUCACCGCGGCCGCCAGCACGGUCCCCAGCACGGUGGCCGUUCCCUCUGCUGUCCCCUGGAGUGAUGGAGAUGGAGGAGGUGUUCCUGCAGCUCUGGGGGGAGGUGGCCAGGCUGCAGGAGCUGUGCUCGGAGCAGGGGAGGCUCCUCCAGAGGCUGAGGGCCAGGAAGGGACCAGUCCUCGACAUCCCGGUGUCGCUGCCUAUCCAGUGCACGGAGGACGUGGUGCCAGGGGAUGGGCAAAGGUCACCUGAGAGCUGCCAAAACCACCCAGGGGCUCUGACAUCCUCCACAUCCCCCCUGGAGGGCUCUGCUUGUCCCAUGGAACAUCCCCAGGCCACCAACAGGCUCCCCCCAGGCCCUGGGAAUGGCGUCGGAACCGGAGGAGCCGCAGCUUUUGGCAGCAGCGAGGGGGAGAAGGGAGAUGUGCCCACCUGGAUGAGAACCUGGAUCCUCCCUGUCCCCUGGGAAGGAAGAAGAGCCCCCUGCAGCCUUCGGGAGCUGGAGACACUAAAUCCAGGGGCUGGGGGCUCCUUCCCAAAUCUUCUGGAUCUCUACAGAGCCCCAGAAGUGCUUGAGAGGGAAGAUGCUCCCAGGGACGUGGUUCUCCCUGGGGAGGCUCUGGUGGAGAUCCGAGGGCCUGUGAAGACGUGCUGGACUCCAGGCUGGGCGCUGGAGGAGGAGAUGCUCAGGCCCAGCCCCACCUGUGAGGCUGCUCCAGCCUGUGACCUGUGCCGGGAGAUUUUCCCCUCGGAUGCAGCCGGACACGUGGAAUAUUUGAACCAUGUCUUGGCCCAUCUGGAGUAGGACGUGUCUUCCCAAUGGGAAAUCCAUGGAUUUGCACCACAGGACAGACUCUGGACAUUCCCAAGCUGGACUUGAUGGCCUUGGAGAGCUUUUCCAGCCCUGGGAUUCUGUGGCUGAUUCCGGGAUCCUCCUGCUGGCUUGGACUGGGAGCAGCUGCCACGUUCCCCAUCCUUCUCCAUGUGGAAUGAACUCCCAGAUUUGGAUUAUCCUGGCUGUGUUUUGGGUUACUGAUUUCUGUGGAUAUUGAAGCCAAUCCUAUCCUGGGGUCUGGAGCUGCAACUCCUGGGGAAAGGGAAUUUCUCAAAAUUUGCCUUAGAGUGGAAAUGAAUCUUCCAUAAAUAGUCAGGGAUGUUUGGGAAGACACAUUGGCUUUCUCUGGGAGUUUGGAAGGUUGGGUGGGAGAAUCUCAAGGUUUUUGGGGCCACUAAGUAUUAUUUUAAUUCAUUAACAGUAAUUUGAGAGUUUUAUGGCACUUCCAUCAGUGCUAUCCAAUGUGUUUCCCAAAGGAUUUCACUGCAGCAGUGGGGAAAUUGAGGCACAAAUCACGGAUCAUCUUCAAAUCCCUUUUUUCUUCUGGAAAAAUCUCAUCUCAGGCUUUUCAAUUUUGUAAGUUUCUCCUAAAGUGGAUUUGGCAUCUCCUGUUUGAGAAAACUUGUGUUGAAAUGGAGAGCCAGGUUCUCCUCUAAUUCCAGGGAUUGGGAAGAAUUGGGAUCUCCAGCUCCAACAUUCUCCUCUUUGGCAGCACAGAAAAGUCAGGAGUGAAUUUUCUUCCCCAAAGCAGAACCACAUUAAUGGAUUUACCCAUGACAAACCCGCACGUCCCCAGCGCCCCUGGAACCAUUUUCCAAGACAAAUCCCACAACUUCUUUCUCUGGAUCCGCAGCUUUGACCUUGGAU